AUGUCUUCAAUUAACAACAAAUCUUCUCCGUCUUCUACCCGUAACCGUACUCAAAGUAUGGGAAGUAAUAAUUCAUCAACAAAUUCUGAUUAUUAUUUAUUUAAUAAUGGAAACACAAAAUCUAUAUUAAAAAAUCCAAAUUUAAAUUCAGAAUUAAUUAAAGGAAAAAAUGGAAGAAGAUUUAGACAAUAUUCGAUGGAAGAAAAUUCAAAUAAUAAUAGUAAUUCUGUUUUGGGGGAAGGACGUUCUGUUGUUACUUUCUUUUUAAAUUCUGAAGAAUCUCCUCCAACAAUUAGCGACAACACUGAGAAAAAGCAGCAAAAACACAAAAAUCGUCAAAGAGCUUCUCUAUCUUCCAUCCAUCCAAAUAAUUUAAUUACUUCUUCAACUAAUUUAUCCCCUCCACCUUUUCGCCGUACUUCUUUACCUGUCCAGUCAAAUCGCCAAAAUUUGGUUAUUUCUUUUAUUUUUUCUAUUUUAAAUUAUUUAAGGUCCUCUAUUUAG